AUGAUGAAAGUUUUGCUGCAUUUCUUUUUAUUCUUGAUAACUGUUAAUUUAGUCCGAAGUAAGUGCAAUGAAGAUGACCAAGCAGCAUUGCUCCGCUUGAAGCAAAGCCUUACAUUUGAUUCUUCUGCUUCCUCCAAGCUUGUAACUUGGAAUUCAAGUACCGCUGCUGUUCUUGGGUCGGAGAAACUUGAAGCAAAAGUGGCUACGCAGUUGGUCUUGACAUCAGUGGCGAAUCUGUUGUGCUUGGAAUUCGAAACUCCAGCAGAUCUUCAACACCUUGAAAGCCUCAAAUAUGCUGCUGAUGAAAUUUUUCGCUCUCAAAUUCCAUCUGCAAUAGGAAAAGCUUACGAAUUUGAAAAUUACUAUAGAGAUCAGUUAAAACUUGAGAACCCCAAUUUAAGCAUGUUGGUUCAUAACCUCACAGAACUUGAAGAGUUAUAUCUUGAUCAUGUAGACAUAUCAGUACCACAAGGGACUAAUGCUGCAAAGUAA